AAAGACUGAAAGUAAAGCACAGAAGCGGCCAAAACGAGGACCCAUCUGAAGAUCAAUCGAUAAAUAAAUAGUAGCAGCAGCAAGGGUUUUGGACGCAAUGGAACCUUUUGGUCGCGGUGGUGGUCGUGGUCACGGCCGUCGCUCUCAAUCUACUUCACCGGUUGUUGUUGGCAACGAGCAAUGUGGGCGAGGUAAGGGCAGGGAAGAGAAGAAGCAACCGGAGAAUUCAUCACCUGAUUCUCCUUCCGAUUCUGACUCUGUUGGAAUGGGAAUGGCAAAGUUAAAUAUUGGCGUUGAUAAGUCAUCAGCAGCCGCAGCAGUAGGAGAGGGAGGGUUCGAUAUAUGUCCCCGUAAACAACCUGGAAGCGUGGUUCUGAAACCUCCAUUGCUUGCACAGAACAGAGAAAGGAGAAGAUCCCGUAGUAGUAAUAACAAUGGCAUUGGGUUGUCGUUGAGGCCUGGGAUGGUGUUUCUGAAGGGUUACCUUUCACUGAGCGAUCAGCAGAAGAUAGUGGAAAGGUGCAGGGAGUUGGGGAUGGGCGUGGGAGGAUUCUACCAGCCUGGCUACGAGGAAGGGACUAAGAUGCAUUUGAAGAUGAUGUGCCUCGGAAAGAACUGGGAUCCUCACACCUCUCAGUACGGAGAACGACGACCAUUCGACGGAGCAAAACCCCCCCAAAUCCCUCCCGAGUUUCAGACAUUGGUCACCAAUGCACUUCGUGAUUCCAACGCCCUCGUUCCUCAAAAUCGCCUUCCCUCCAUCUCGCCCGACAUCUGCAUUGUCAAUUUUUACUCCCAAACUGGCCGUUUGGGUCUUCAUCAAGACAAGGAUGAAAGUGAAGACUCUCUUCGCCGAGGCUUGCCCGUCGUAUCCUUCUCCAUCGGAGACUCUGCACAGUUCCUCUAUGGAGAUCACAGGGAUCCCGACAAGGCAGAGAAACUGCAACUCGAAUCUGGGGAUGUUUUGAUCUUUGGUGGCUCCUCCAGAAAUGUAUUCCACGGAGUUAGCGCUAUUCAUCCAAACUCUGCCCCCAACCUCUUGCUGCAACACACUAAUCUACGCCCUGGUCGAUUGAAUCUCACUUUCAGACAGUACUAAGUUAAUUUCAUAUAUAUGCCUUUCUUUCUAUUCUCGCUAAUCUAUUCUAUCUAUUUUCUAAUGUAGCCUUGUAUGAACUGAAAUGAUGCUCGUAAUGAUAUGCUAAUUUUGUAGCC